AUGAGUGUGGACUGUGUGUGUGCCCCAAACGUGCCACGGCCUGAGGCAGCCGAUGGGGAGGACGGAUCGCCAGGGCCCGGCAGCUGCCAGGCCCGCGAGGAGGAGCCGAGGCCCAGCCCCGAGCCCACGCUCCACGCAGACACAGCUUCUCCUCCUCCCGCCUCCGUGGCUCUGCGGACUCAGGAAAGCCGUGGGUCGGUGUCUCCUCUCCCGGCCAGACCCGCCACCCCCGACUCCCGUCCCGGCAGCGUCCCCGGCGGCCAGGGCGACCAGGGCAAGCCUCCCGCCAAGAGACAGAAGAUUCGAACCGUGUUCACUCAGAUGCAGCUGUACUACCUCAACGAACGCUUCCAGAAGCAGAAGUACCUGAGCCUGCAGCAGAUGCAGGAGCUCUCCACCCUCCUCAACCUCACCUACAAGCAGGUCAAGACUUGGUUCCAGAACCGCAGGAUGAAAUGUAAAAGGUGGCAGAAGAGCCGGGGCCUGCUGGACGGUGGCCAGCCGGCCCAGGUGAGCGGCCUGCACCCUGGCCAUGCCCCGGGCUGGGCGGGGGCCCCCGCCGCCUCUGGAGGCCUUCCUCCGUGGAGCGACCAGAUGUGCAGCAGCCAGAGCUGGAGCGGCCCAGCCCCGGGCGCCCACCCGUGGGAUCCGCAGCCCUGGAACAGCACCGGCCCUGCCUGGAGCCACGCGUUCCACAGCCACCCCCCGCAGCAGCCCGCGCAGCCCUGCCUGCCCUCCCAGCCCGACCUUCCCGGGGCAAGUCUGGAAGCUUCCAUGGAAAUCUCUGGGGGGAGCCACCCCUACCUCGACGCACCCCUGGGCUCGGAUUGUUACGUAAACUAUGCGGCCGGUGUCCUGUGA